GAGAACCAAGAUUAUUUGACAGUUAGCUGCACUGCAUGGUGUUCAUAGUUCAAGUUCAUAGCAUGUUCACUGCGCUUGACAUACAUCAUGUCAGUGUUGUCACCAGUCUCAUUCAGCAGCAUUAUCAUAUGAUCAGGGCACAUUCAGUUCUGUUCAAAACACCAGGAUGGUUAAACUGCUCCACAGCCCAACAUGCAUUUUCCCAGAUGAUGCAAGUGCAUGUAGGACUCUGCUGUGAAGGGCCAACACAGAGCAACACAUCUGGAAAGAAAUGUCUGCAGGUAUUUAUCUGCAGCGUUGCAGCAGCAGAGUAAUACAUGAUUAGAAAAAUAAUCACAAGUUUUUCUUCAUAAAGUAAGUGUCAUUGUGUUCUUCAGUUUUGUUGAUGACUUCCACAAAGUUUGACAUCCAGGAAUUAGUUGGAUGUACAAAAUUUGCAAUGUAUCUCUCUUAAUAGGUUGAUAGUAUCAGAUUUGUAUGCGCAGAUGGCUUUUACUGUUUAUUCCACAUUUUUUCAAGCCUUGCUGCCCAGGGUCGCCAGCUGUAGAAUUACACUACGAAUACUGGUUAAGACCUUCUAAUAUUCUUUAUAUGAAAUAUGGUUUUAGAUGUAAGAAAUUUGUGCAGAAUGGUUUAAAAACAGCUUAUUGUUGAUUUUGAACGCAUCCCAGUUGGUCCACUGCCACUUCACCCCUACGUCAUUUCCGUCACACAACCUUCUCCGAGAGUUGUGUCUAAGAUGGCGUCCAUGCAGUUAACAGAUGAGGAGCUUUUCUCCGAAUUAAAGCGCUUUGGUUUCACUCCAGGCCCGGUUACCGAAAACACCCGCCCGGUGUAUUUGAAGAAAUUGAAGAAGCUUCGCGAAGAGCAACAGCAGCGGGGAUCCAGAUCGGGUAAAACCCGUAGCAGCGGGGCCAUCAACAGCACCACUGGCGGCGGCAACACGGCGGGAUCCAGGCCAGCCAGCCAUGACGUCACGCACCUGAGCUCUAACAGGAGACCGGGCCGGAAGUCCUCCGUCCUCGGCUUCAGCUCCGACGAGUCUGACGCUGAAACUCCACUGAAAAGAAAGGGCCUCAAUCACAGCGGCAGGGCGGACCGAAGCCCCGGGUUUCCACAACAACCGAAGAUAAGGCCCGUUACAACACCGACUGCGGCUAGCAAGAGUCAGUAUGGCGCUGGGAGUGCGCUGAAUAGCAGCAGUUCUUCCCUGGGUCCGGACGGACAGAGAGGUGUCUCGCUGGGCUGGGGAGUUCGUGCCAGAUCCAGCCCUGAGGCGGAAGGGAGGGAUUACGACGAAUCGGGAGACGAGGACGAUUAUGAGGGGGGAACUGAAAAGAACUCGCGCUCGUUAAAUGGUUGUGGGGCGUCUCACUUGAUUACUAGCAAGUUAGCCGGGGAUUACUCAGACUCAGACGAGGAGGAGGUUGGGGGCCUUGGCGCCGGAGACAGACAGCGGGAUAGGUUGGAGCCUCGACGGAGCCCGAAAGCGGCGUUCCCUUCCCUCGGAGUUGGCCGAGGAUCUCAGACGGGAGGGGCAGCCAGAGAGGUUAAUCCGCCUGGGAGUCUAAACAUGGUGGGGAGCCGGAGGGAGGAUGGGGAGGAAGAAAAGGUAAAGAGAAGGGACUCGGACUCAUCGGGAGGCUUGCGGAGCCACAACUUUCCCAGGAAGUCCAUCUACGUGUCCCUCGCCGAGAACCAUGGAAGAGAGGCCGGCAAAAACAACCACGUCGACAGCGAGGACGGAUCCUCCAGAAGCAGCAGCUCUAAUAGGUUCAGCAUCGGGCUGAGACCGCGCUUCUCCAACUACAGCAGCCUGUCCCAGCCUUACAGGGGCAACCACUCCAAUCACACUGCUCCCAACCACUCGUACAGCCAGGCAGCGCUGAAGCAAAAGCUGUCUGUCCCAGAGGACGAGCUGCUCCAGCAAUUCAAAAGGGAAGAGGUGGCCUCCUCUGGUAGCUUCAGCGCUCACUACCUGUCCAUGUUCCUGCUCACAGCAGCCUGCCUCUUCUUUCUGCUGCUAGGCCUCAUGUACCUUAGGAUGAUGGGCUCUGGAUCCUCGGAGCCGAGUGUAGUCUGCAAGAACCACCCUUUGGGCAGCAAGUUUGACGACUAUUAUAAGGGAAAGCCAGAGCGGGAGCUGAUCUUAGACCUGCUGUCCAAGCUACACGACCACCUGGCCCACAUCGCCGGCCAGCAUGACUGUGGAGACCAGAAGUAUCCCAACAGGAGUUUGUCCAUGGAAAAGGCCUCUGCAUAUUUAGUGGCCCAGAAUCAGACGUUUGAAGACUUCAUUUUUAUUUGCCUGGAGUGGGUCAUCCGGGCAGACAAGGAUGUUGGAAUAAGGCUGAUUGGGCAGGUUGCCGAUGAGCCAGUGACUGAUCCGUCUGAGAUCUUGUGGCUGGAGUCCACACAUCCAAUGAUGCCCUUCACGUGCCGCUUCCGCCGAGCCUUCCUCAUCGUCAUCAGCAGAGUCUUCCUCAUCACAGUCGUGGUAGGCUGUGUGGGGAGUGUGUUCUGCUACGUGAAGUAUCGCUGGAGGAGAGAGGAGGAGGAGACCAGGCAGAUGUAUGACAUGGUGGAGAGGAUCAUCGACGUGUUGAGGAGCCACAGUGAGGCCUGCCAAGAGAACCAGGACCUGCAGCCCUAUCUGCCCAUCCCCCACGUCAGAGACUCGUUGGUUCAGCCACAGGACCGGAAGAAGAUGAAGAAGGUUUGGGACCGGGCUGUGAGCUUCCUCUCAGCCAACGAGUCCAGGAUUCGUACAGAGACUCAGAGGAUUGGUGGAGCAGACUUCCUUGUCUGGAGGUGGAUCCAGCCUUCUCUCAGUUGUGACAAGACCUCCUUGAUGCCCUCUAAAGUCUGGCAGGGAAAAGCUUUCCCUCUGGACAGGAGGAAUUCACCUCCCAACAGCCUGACUCCAUGUCUGAAGAUCAGAAACAUGUUUGACCCAGUCAUGGAAGUUGGGGAGAACUGGGAUCUAGCCAUCCACGAGGCUAUCCUGGAGAAGUGCAGUGACAACGACGGCAUUGUCCACAUUGCCGUCGACAAGAACUCGAGAGAGGGCUGCGUCUAUGUGAAGUGUCUCUCCGCAGAGCACUCAGGGAAAGCCUUCAAGGCACUUCAUGGCUCCUGGUUUGAUGGUAAGCUGGUGACAGUAAAGUAUCUGCGUUUGGACCGAUACCACCAGCGCUUCCCACAGGCACAGGGCUGCAGCACGCCCCUGAAGGCCUCCAGCCUCCACCUGAACACCACAAGCACCAUGGACACUAUGCCCUACCUGCAGCGCCACGGCUCAGCCAACUCUUCAGGCUUCUCAUGAGAUGACCAUUAGCAUUAGAUUUAGCAUCCUCCUCUGUGCCCUCCCAGCAUCACAGCACCAGUCUGCUGCUGCUCCUUCGCUGCUUUAUAAUGGGGAAGACUUCAGUCUGUGCCAUGGGAGAGCUUUAUUUUUGUUUUGUUUUUUUCCAUUUGUUCAUUUGUUUGUUUUUUUUCAACACAGGAUCUUUGAAAGAUGAGCUGUUCAGCGUUGCAGUGUUUGUUUUCUAUAAUCUUUGUAUUAGAAAUGUCAUGGAUUUAACAAGGAAGCAAAGCUCUUCUGGAAUAUUUAAGAUAUGUGCAGAUACUCCAAACCUCCCUCCUUCUCUUCCACAGUGUAACUAACUGAUCCCAUGAUGGAAUUCAUACGGGCACUGUAUGAAAAUGGCUGCAUGUCUCAGAGUAUGCCUCUAUGUAAGCUUUCAAUACAACACAGUGUGGAUGUUGAAUUCCUGAAGAUGUUCGAUGUACUCCUUGUUAUUAUUAUUCUGAUUAUUAUUAUUAUUUAGUCAAGUGAGGGAGGCGUGAACAGAUUUUCAGAGGGUGUCCUGUAAAUACAUGUGAAUGGUGGCACAAGCUUUAUAACAUAUUCUGUAUUAAAAGCAAACCAUAAGCUCACAUUUUUCUUGCUGCUCACUUACCACAGCAUCGGUAUCCAGAGGCAAACACUGAAAUAGCACAGACACACACACACACACAGAGAACAGUUCAGGAGGUAGAACCGAGCAACAGUGCGAGUGUCGAUUCAGCCGCUGUGCUUGUUGUUUGCUCCAGGUAUUCCGUGUAUGGGCUUUUCUUUCCCUUUGUCCACGAUUUUGUUAUAGCAUCCAACCGUGCUCCCAAACUCUCAACUUUAAGAGCGAUAUAACAAAAUCAGGGAGUGUACCUUUUAACAGUCACCUGAAACUUUCUACUCCAGAUAUAAUCCAAUAUAUCCCCAAGUUAUUAUUAUCAGCUGUUAUAUUUAUUAUUUACCUCUUUCAAGUUGGUUCUUCUUUUUUUUUUUUUUUACUGUCGAUGCAACCCGUCAUUCAGUUUGAUUUCCACACCUGUUCUGAACAAGUGAUGUGUAUUGUCAUCUUUUUGUGUACAUGACCAAUAGACCAGAGGACACAUGAAGUCAGGAUGUUUGAUGUUCAGUUUACAGUCUGUGCCCAUCUUCCUUUGGCGAGACAGAUGUUUACUGUCAUGACGUAACCUGAUUCUAUCACUACUGUUCUUUGAUCAUAUCAGCCUCUUGUAAUGAUGCUACCACUCUUUUCGUUGUAAGGAGUACUGUGAGAAUGUUGACAAUUUGUAUCGCUCAAUUCUAAAUGUCCCCGACCCUUGUAAGGAGACUUUACUGAACUUAGGGAUUCCUGAUUGCUUGUGUGUUUUUACAGCAUCCACGUACUCAGAAAAAUGCUAAAAAUCCAGGAGAUGCUAGAAGUUCAAUUUUUUUUAAUGCAGUGAAUUGAAAGUUUGAUUCUGUAUUUGCAGUGUGAAAUUGUACAAAUGAUGCACAUUUCAAAUGUUCAAAAUCUGCUGCAAUGGACAGCAGACAACCCAACAGUGCCUUAAAUUUGUGCUUUUUUUAAGACUGGCACUGCAUUACUGGACAUUGUACUGGAUUUAAACAGUUCAAAGGAUGAGCAAGGCCUGCCAUAGACGUAGUUUUGUUAGAAUUUUACAUCUUAAGAUUUGGUAUUUUGUAGCAGUUUCCUUUGAUAUUAAACCAAAUGCUUCUCUAUUUAUUUCUUCUUUUUUUUAAACAGCCAUGGUGAUGUACUAUUUUAAUGUCACUAUACCUGUUACAUAUGUGUCAUAACUUUAUUUCAUCAAAAAUCAAUCUUACAUCCACUUCCAAACAAUUGUCAGGAUGUGUAAAACAACAAAAUAAAGUGAACACUUUAAGAA